AUUCUUGUGUGACGUCUCUGACCUUGAAGCAAAGAAUGUAGAUUACAAGAGUCGUUAGCAUGUGCUCCACCGAGAGGCGAGGGCCUGAGUUCUAGUCACGUUCAAGCCUAAGCGCUUGCACUGAAUACGUACCAUUGGUAGCCUGGCCUGACGGUAUGGCAGUUGACUAAUUAGACACAUGCACGUCGGAUAGUAUUCACGAGGCGUGUGUUAGCAGACGACAGGUAGCAGGAAUUUUCUCAAAGUAGUGAGUGUUUCCUGAGCCGUGAAGGCAACAACCAGUUCCUAAGUGGACGGAUUUAUAGAGACUUCUGUUGGUCGACAAAGGAUUAGGCAGGCUCAGACACCGGUCAUUAUAGGUAAUGAAGGUCUAUAAAUCAUUCACUGCAUCCAUUGCGCAAACAUGUAGUUUCAAGGGGCACGUGUCAAGCCUGACAGUUUCUGAAAGUGGUCAACAGACUUAAAACUGGAUAAAUAAAAAAAACUUUUGUGUGUAUGUUUGAUAAGCUUCUUACAUUUGGAUUCCCUCUUCAAAGAAACACUCUUCUUUGGAUAUUGAUGACCGGUAAAAUUUCAAGCACUCUAGCUUGAGGAUUCCUGAAAGUGUUACAAACUUUCUGAAAAGUGAUUUAUAAACUUGAAACUGGAUCAAUAAAACUUGUGUGUGUGUGUGUGUUGAAUAGGUCUGUGUGAUAUUUGGAUUCAUGUACUCUCCUGCCUGAGACACAUCUUGUCGAUUGGAUAUUUUUGAGGAUCAGUGAAAUUUCAAGCCUUGCAGUAAUUAGUUUAUGUGUUUCAGUGCGAACUUACAGGAGCCAGUAUUUAUAUCCUUCUUUAAAAGUUGAAUGUAUUAACUUAUUUUCUUGUAAAUUGAAUCACCUCAGUAUUCUACAGCAAUAAGGCUUCCAUCAUUUGUAAUAUCAAUCAUCUGUAUAUAAAACACUAAUAUUUAUUUGGAUGUAAUUAAUGAUCAUAGACAUUGCUGCCAUGACUAUGUAUGAUUCAUGUGCAUAAUUCAACACCUAGAACAUGUAUGAUAAAGGAAAUUGAUAAAGACGUGAGGUCGAUUGCGAGAACACAUUAAUUCUUGCCGUGGAGAUUUGAAGUGUGAAUGCCCUCUUGUGCUUCUUUUUGAGUGUAUUCAGCAGGUUCUUCAACUUUGCAAGUUUUGAGGAUUAUCAUAUCAGGAUUAUUAAUUGAGGAUUAUCAGGAAAAUAUCAAGUGUGUCAAGGGAAUCGUUUUCGGAUGGAUGAAUUUGCAAAUAUCAAAUAUUUAUAAUCUUAUAUUCUGCAAGGAUCACAUUGUGAAACUUAAGUAAGAGACCAACUCCAGACACAAACCUCUGAAACAUGACAAGUCGUCAAGUCCGCCGCACCCAGUCCGCGCCUCACCUGACAUCAGCCGAACGAAGGCGCGUCCAGAUGGCAGUGGUAGAGGGCACCCUGUACAUCCGUAGGCGCCACGCCCUCUCCCAAGAAGACAACUACAUCUUGGAGGAGGAUGAGGAGAACGAGGAGGAGCAACCGAUGAUGGUGUCGACGUCGACGAGGAGCGAGUGUACCUCGAGUGUGUCAUCACUCAUCAGUGAGGGCAGUAUGACUAACGGAGUGAAAGAGAGCAAUGGAAGUAGGAGGGUUCGGAUACUCACCAACCUUAAUGGUAAGUCUGAAAUCUUUAUUAUCGUUUGUCAUCUUAACCCAUUGCCUACUGGAACCAGGUGAUCCCUGCA